CCACAACAACAUGUCUGCGGGAGAGAAGCGGGGCCUGUUGCUUCUCCCGCUGCUCUCGGCCUUCUGCUUUCUCCUCCUCCUAGGCGACGUUUGUGUGCAGGCCGUGCCGGAGGCCGGGUCGUGGAGCCAGACGGUGGGGCAGAGCCAUAAACCUCUCGUGUUUACAAAAACAAUGUUUAACAACACAGAUAUAGCACUUCAAGUUGUUUCAUUCAAGUGUACUGAAGAAGUAUUGCUAAUUGUUGAAUGGUACCUCAGAUAUUACCCCUGCCACAAUGAAUUUAAUAAUAUUGAAGAAAUAUUUGACACCCAAUUUUCUAGCAAUGGCAAUACGAAUAGUCUUGAGCCUCACCCAUUAAGCAAAGGACAAUAUAUUAAACACACCUCAGAAAAUAUUGUUUGUAAUGAAAAUACUCAGGUCUUCCCGAAAUUUAAUAUGAGCAAAAGUCUUCCAAAAUCAGUUGUAGUACAGACACCAGAUACAAAACAGAAUGUCGAAGAAAGCACUACUCUGGUCAAGACCACAAAGACUUUUCAUUUGUCGGGAGAUGCUAAGGCUGUUCGUUACUUAUGGAAAAGAGAUGUUACAACAAAAAAGCAUGAUGUUGUGGCACAAACCUGGAGAGAUGGCCCAUAUCUAUUUAUCGUUUCCAUCAAACCUCUCGAAAUAAUUAAAAGCAACUGGAAUCUAACAGUGCUGGUGUUGAUGCAAGGAUCCCACGGAUUCAUCUCGGCAACUGAAUUUCCAUUGAUGAUUUUUUAUAUGAUAAUGUGCAUCAUAUAUAUACUUUACGGAAUAUUGUGGCUCAUCUGGUCUGCAUGUUAUUGGAAAGAUUUGUUGAGAAUCCAGUUCUGGAUAGCUGGAGUUAUUUUUCUUGGCAUGCUGGAAAAAGCUGUGUUCUAUGCAGAAUAUCAAAACACAAAUACUCGUGGAGUAUCUGUGCAAGGUCUCCUGGUCUUUGCAGAGGUAAUUUCUGCGGUGAAAAGAACAUUGGCUCGCCUCCUUGUGAUCAUUGUAAGCUUGGGAUAUGGAAUAGUUAAGCCUCGAUUGGGCACAGUCAUGCAUAGGGUGAUCGGACUGGGAGCCCUCUACCUUGUUUUUGCAGCCGUCGAAGGAGUUAUGAGAAUUACAGGGGAUCGGAGAAGCGUUCCCGUUUUGGUGGCUGAAAUAUUUUUAGCAGUGAUCGAUUCCUUUUUUGUCUGGUUCAUAUUUGUUAGCCUGGCUCAAACUAUUAAAAUGCUGAAAUUGAGGAAAAAUACAGUGAAGCUUUCACUGUACAGACAUUUUACCAACACAUUGAUAUUUGCCAUAAUAGCAUCAAUUGGAUUUAUGGCAUGGACAACCAAGAAGUUCAGAUUGACGCCGUGUCAGUCAGAUUGGAUGGAACUAUGGGUGGAUGAUGCUUUCUGGAGACUUCUCUUCUCUGUGAUUCUCUUAGUUAUAAUGUUCCUCUGGAGACCAUCGGCAAAUAAUCAGAGAUAUGCAUUUACCCCACUUAUUGAUGACCCAGACGAUGAAGUGAAUGAGCUGAUUGCAGGAAACUUUGCCGAUGGAAUGAAGAAACGAUCAUCCAACAUGCGGGCUAAUGGAUUAACAAAACCGUCUUCCAAAUUGGAUGAAGAUUUAAAGUGGGUGGAAGACAACAUUCCUUCGAUAACAGAUGUUGCACUUCCUUUGUUGCUGGAUUCAGAUGAAGAAAUAAUGACGAUCAAAUAUGAAAUAUCCAAGAUGGAGUGAAGAUGGUGUGGAACGCGAGCGUAUUUUCCUGUCAAACUCAGUCUGGAGUGCUUGACCAAACCUCUGCACAGCAAACAGACAGGCCAGUGAAGGGAGACGUGACACAGAUUACUGGAGUAAUCAAUGGGCCAGCGGAGAAGGCACCAAGUGGUCCUUUACUUCAUGUGCAAUGCUCACUCUUUCAUGUGAGACUGAGAUGGAAAAUUGUGCAAAAGGAAAUCCAACAUGAGGGACUGUAAGCAAGCUUUGCUUCAAUUCUCUAUUGAAGUAAUCGGAGUCUUCAAUUUCCCCUUAUUCCUCGUUCCCUCUCCCUUCAUGUACUAGAGGGCUAUACGAUUUGGUGCAGAUGUGGAUUUUUUUUGUUAGGGAUAACUUAAAGCUCUGUCCACAGUCUAUGAAAGUUUUAAUUUCAUACAUCUGCUCUGUGGGCACUGUCUAUUCCUAAGAGUAUUUGCACAAUAUACUGUAGGAAUAAAUUCUAAAACAGUUUCCUUUAUUUUAGUCGUAGACAUUAUAUUAUGGUUUAAUGCAUAUUGCUGUUGGAACACUGGAAUCUUUUAUUUUUGUAAAGAAAAGGUUUUGACCACCUCACAAGAGAUGACUGACUCUAGACUCUGCACCUGAAAAGUGAAUCUCUGUAUUAUAUUGACUAUACAUUCCAUUUAAUACAGUGGUCAUCUGAAAAUAAUUGUGUCAUGAAUAUCCAAGUUAGUCUUUCAGUUAUUGAGAGAGCCAGAUCCCUUAAGUGAUGUUUGUAAAAAAAUAUUUUGUCAAUUAUGAUUGAUAACAUUGUACCUUAUAUGUUUUUCUUUAAUUUAUCAAAUUUCUUUCUGGAACAUUCAUUUGAAGGAUCAGUGUAUAUAUUAAAAAAUGCUAUUAGGUGCUUUGAUACUGGAUUCACCAGACUUUACUGAGCAAAUUAGGUGGUCGGUUCAUCUGGUGGCCUUGUGCACAUGUUGCUCUUGCAGGGGUAGCAGCAGUAUAGCACUUGUCAGUUUGCUUUUUGGUGCCUUCCAAACUAAGAUAAUUAAAAAUAUAUAUAUUUUAAUG